AUGAAGCAAAGCAGCACAAAUUGGCCGUAUUUCUUUGUGAGAAUUAGCAUCUGGAAUGACAUGGCUAGCACUAUCAGAAAGUUAAUCAUAGUCGUUCUAAUUCCUGAUCUAUGUCCUAUAAUCAUACAUCAAAUUUGUUUAGCAACAGACACCAUAUCAAUGAAUGAACAAGUUGUAGAUGGUCAAACUAUAGUUUCAGCAGGAGGUAUCUUUGAGCUUGGAUUCUUCAGUCCUAAUAGAUCCAAAGGACGAUAUGUGGGGAUAUGGUACAAAGGAUUACCAACUGAAAAAGUUGCAUGGGUUGCAAACCGUGAAAGACCAUUAAUUGGAUCAAAUGAAGUUCUUAUGAUUGAAAGUGAUGGCAAUUUGGUCCUUGUAGAUCAUGAUAAAAAUAAUAUGCCAGUGGUCUGGUCUACACAACUUAGUUUAACAUCCAACAACACCAUUAUUAAGGUUGUACUCACCGAUGAGGGGAAUCUUGUUCUUCGGGAGAACAAGUUGAAUGAAUCAGUAGUGUUAUGGGAGAGCUUCAAUCAUCCAUCUGACGCCCUCUUGCCUCGUAUGAAGAUAGGUCUGAAUACUAGAACAGGGGAACAAAUAAUUGUUACAUCUUGGAAAGAUGAUACAAAUCCGUCAUUGGGAAGUUUUACCAUCGCCACUGUUGGAUCCUCAGGAACUUAUUCCUCAGGAGCGAUAAUUCAGAUGGAUUGGGAUGCAGAAAAUAAUAAAUGGUUAAAGAUGCAGGUAGUACCUAAAGGUCAAUGUGACUUGUAUAACACAUGUGGGCCUUUUGGUAGUUGCAAGAAUAAUGAUUCACCAAUAUGCAAAUGUUUCAAGGGUUAUGAACCAAAGUCUAUGAGUGAAUGGAACAAGGGGAAUUGGAUUAGUGGUUGUGUUCGGAGAGCAAAAUUCCAGUGUGAGGAGACAAGUCCAAAUUCUGAUGAUGAUGAGAGAAAGAGGGAUGUAUUUUUACCAGUUUCAGGGCUGAAACUACCAGAUUUCUCACAUUACCUACUUACUUGGGAUAAAAUGGAAUGCCAAGAUUCUUGCUUAGAGAAUUGUUCUUGUUUGGCAUAUGCUUAUGUGGAUGGAAUAGGCUGCAUGAUUUGGGGAAAAGAUCUGAUUGAUCUCCAAGAGCUCCCAUGGUGGAGAGCAACUAUACAUUCGGCUGGCACAUUCCCAACUUGGUAA